GUUUCGGUUCCUGCUCAUACACUGGCCCCAGCAUGCCCGGCGACGACUAUGACCUCCUGCCCUCGUCCGAAAAGGGUGCAAGGAAGCAAAUCCCGUUCUCUUUGCGUGCUUCACGCUUCCUCAAGCUACGCCGGGCGACUGCGAUACUUGUAGCGACGGUCGCGAGUGUCAUCCUUGUCGGUUUCUACUUGGUUAGGUUUAGGGGCACGGACAUGUCACAGGAGAUUCCGGAGCCAGAACCUGUACCGGAACCGCUCCCGCCUUUGUAUCCGGAGUAUCAUCGCGCAGAACUCGCGCUCCCGCAGCACGACCCAAGACGCCCGUUCGAAGGUGGACGGAAGUAUAUGUGGGUUGCGGAUCACACAUAUCAGUCGGGAUUUGGCAAUUUUAUGCAGGACAUGAUUAUGAACGCGCAGCUUGUCUAUGAGACUGGACGGUCAUAUGUAUUCGACAACUUCACCUGGGAUCGUGAUGGUCCAGAGUACGCACAGUUCGGCGGUAAAACGAUUCCAUCGCGAAUACCGCUGUCUGCACUGAUAUCAGGCCCCAUCGUCGGCGGACCCUUUGGUGACAACGAUCCCACCCCACGCGCGGUGGUCAAGGAGUACUGGGAUCAGAUAUGCCCCAAUAAAACUAUCAUCCGCGCUGAUGAAAUUCGCAAGCUGCAUGGCGAAGGCGCAGAUGCACGCAAGAUCCUUGAUACCUGGGUCGACUACAUCAAAGACAUCGACGACCCGUGUCUCGAGGUCGAGCGCUAUUCUGGCAGCAUCUUCCACGUCUUCAUGUUCGGCACGCCCAAUGAGAUAAUGCCCGUCUGGCCGACAUUCUCGCAGUCACCCAUCCUCCAACUCUUCGGCUGGGGCCAGCUCGCACACACCGCCUUCGAGACGAACCGGCACCUCUUCUCUCCGGCACCGCUCAUCGCCCCGUACGUGACCUCGCCGACGUGCCCGAACUGCGUCGACCCGUACGCGCGCCUCGAUGGCCUGCUCGCUCUGCACAUCCGGCGGGGCGACUUCAUGGAACACUGCCCGAACCUGGGCAACUGGGGCGCGGGCUUCAGCGCGUUCAACUCGUUCCCGAGCUUCCCGGACCUGUGGGUGCCGCCGGAGGGCGAGCACGAGCAGCGGAUGGCGGUCUACCUGCGGCGGUGCCUGCCGACGAUCGAGCAGAUCGUCGAGAAGGUCGAGCAGGUGCGCGCGGGCAGCGCCAGCGAGGGCCUCCGGCACGUGUACAUCAUGUCGAACGGCGACCGGGAGUGGCUUGCGGACCUCAAGGCCGCGCUUCUUAACGCGCACGACUGGGAGCUCGUCGCGACGAGCCGGGACCUCGUGCUCACGCCUGAGCAGAGGUACACGUCGCACACGCUGGACAUGCUCAUCGGCGAGCGGGCGCAGGUUCUCAUUGGCAACGGCUUCUCGAGUAUGACCUCGAAUAUUGCGAUGUUGCGCAUGGCAAGACAACAGCCGUCAGACACAACGCGCAUGUGGUAGCAUUAAUGGCCCCUUCAAAAUGCUUACUGUUUUGUCUCCUCUUUUUUCCUUCUUUUUUUGGGAUGAUGGUUCACGUACCUUACGAUGCUAAAGGCUAUGUGUAUACUACCCGGCUUCGGCCAACCGGAUGAAUUUGUAUUCCAGGGUG